AUGAGAAAGACCAGCAAAUCACGUCAAGAUGCGCCGGUGCGAGGGCACGACAAUGGAAUCUACAGAAUAGUAGUUGCGGGAGGCGGUGGUGUAGGAAAAUCCUGUUUUGUCAUCCAGGCGGUACUGGACCACUACGUGGAUGAAUACGACCCUACAAUCGAAGAUUCCUAUCGCAGGGUGGUGAUCAUCGAUGAGCGACCGGCUCAGCUCGAGAUCCUGGAUACAGCGGGACAAGAAGAAUAUGCUUCAAUGCGGGAGCAAUGGAUGCGAGAAUGUGAAGGCCUCAUAUUGAUGUACAGUAUCACAUCGAGGCCGUCGUUAGAAGGCUAUUUGAACGAAGAGACUGGCGCUCUCACGAACGGAGUACGGGUUUUCCACUCUCAGAUUCUUCGAGUCAAGGAUCGCGACCGGUUUCCUAUCGUCAUGGUGGGCCACAAAUGUGAUUUAGCGCACUCGGAAAGACAAGUUUCUAUGAAUGAAGGACGCCAGCUGGCAGAGGAACUUGGCUGUACAUUCCAUGAAGCUUCUGCCAAAUCGAGAAUCAAUGUCGACAAUGUCAUCUAUGAUCUAGUUCGCCAAAUCCGUCGCGAACGUACCACAGCUGUCACACAACCCAUUUCUGACAAAUUGUUGGUUCCUGAACCUUUUCACAGACGGUCUCGCUCCACUGGGACUAUUUUGGACAAAUUCAGCCUUGUUGCUUCGCUCUAUCGCCGGUUCCAAGGUGUCAAGGUUGACAUCAGACAGGAGUACAAAGGAAACGUCGCCCAUCAGCAAGCUCUCAAUUCCGUCCUCAUACAAGCUUGUAGGUUAGCUGAUGCCAGAGGAGUGAAAAAAUGCCUGGCAAAUGGCGCUGACCCAAAAGCCCAGCCUGGCGCUGACGGCAAUGCACUACAUGCCUCUGCAGCUCUUGGACACGGCAAGAUUGUUUCGAUCUUACUGGAUCAUCACGCCUCACCAAAUGCAAAAGGGCCCCGAGGAGUGACUGCUCUUCAGCUAUCCUCGGCCGAAGGCCAUUCCAAAGUGGUGAAGCUUCUCCUUGGAGGCGGAGCUAAAGUGGACGAGUCAAGUCCUUCUCAUGGAACAUCGCUCAUUGCAGCGACCUCGCGAGGAAGAUGCAAGGUCGCAGAAAUUCUGAUUAAACACGGCGCGAACGUGAGUACUCGAGGUGGCCAGUAUGGGAAUGCGUUACAUACCGCUGUUUUCAUCGGGAGCCUGGAAAUUGCAACACUGCUGCUUGACAAUGGCGCCAGUGUUCACGAGCGAGGGGCUGGAGGUUCUACUGCUCUUCAAACUGCGUGCAGCGCAAAACACGCCGCCAUUGUACACUUGUUGCUCGACCGUGGUGCCGACCCUAAUGCGUCCGGCGGAAAGCUCGGCUGCCCCCUCGAGGUAGCAAGCGAAACGUCCCGGUCUGACAUCUAUGACAUCUUGAUCGCUUUUGGGGCAGACCCUUCGCGAUGCGCACCGCACCGCGACACAAACAAGAUGACUAUCGAGAGAGAGAUCACUCAAGUGAUGGUGGAUCCGCAAUGCCCGAGUCCUCUGGACCCCGUUCCUACCACACCUCCCGUCGCUAACAGAGAAAGCGAUGUCGCCGUACAUACCGGCACGAGCAUAAACUACGUGGCUGAACGGUCACCUCACAUCACAGUGACAUCCCCUCGCCUUCCGAGCGCGAAGCCGCGACUAUCCCACGCACAGUACACCAUCGGUAUUGUUUGCCCAAUGUCCAUCGAACUGGUCUCAGUGGAGGCCAUGCUAGAUCAAUCUCAUCAUGAUUUACCUACCAUCAAUCGAGGGCAGAAUGCAUAUUCACUGGGCUCCGUUGGUCAGCACAACGUCGUGAUCACCGUCAUGCCCGAAAUCGGUAACAACCAUGCCGCGAUUGUGGGCACACAAAUGAAAAACGACUUUCCGAGGCUUGAAUUCGCACUUCUUGUGGGGAUUGGCGGUGGUAUCCCUGGAGACGCUGAUGUCAGACUUGGCGAUGUGGUCGUGAGCAAACCAGAACGCUCAUUUGGCGGUGUCAUACAGUACGACAUGGGCAAAUACGUGAGUUCUGGCGCUUUUGAGAGAACAGGGCACCUGCGCAAGCCGCCUCCCAUACUCAGCGCCCAUGUCGAAAGGUUAAGAGCUCGACAAAUGUUGGUUGGUAAUGAGAUCAACGAGCACCUCUCUAAAAUCCUGUUCAAAUAUCCCAAUAUGACAGAAGCGCAACUCGUUCCUCAGAACCCACGGGAAAAUCCUAAACCACAAGUUCAUUACGGCACGAUUGGGUCAGCGAACGCAUUGAUCAAGGACAGCGUCAUGCGAAAUCAGCUAAAGAGGGACUCAAGCAUGAUAUGCGUGGUUGAGAUGGAGGCAGCGGGGCUGAUGGAGAGUAUCCCAUGUCUCGUUAUACGUGGAAUCUCCGACUAUGCUGAUUCGCAUAAAAACAAGAUCUGGCAAUCAUAUGCAGCGGCAGUCGCAGCGGCGUACAUGAAAGAACUAUUGCUGAUGAUUCCACCCAUGGACGCUGGUUGA